GUCGCCAUGAGCGAGGGGGAUUGGGUCAUCCAUUGUGCGGCGGAGAGAAGACCAGAUGUUGCCGAAAAGGUGUAUCCUGUUUCUGUGUCUCCACAAAUACAACUCACGCUUGGGUAUUGCACUACAACGACGGUCAUUAGAUACGGUCCCGUAACCAAAAAUUCUGAAUCGGCGGUAAACGUGCUCCUCGAUAUCGUCCAGGACCAAACGGGCAAAACCUAUCAAAUGGAUCAUUUUGCGACCCGUUACCCUACAAACACUUUGGAUAUUGCGGCAUUUCUGCCAAUACCAUCCAUAAUCCAUUACUCUGCUGGAGAACCUUUCACCAAAUAUGAGAUGUGCUUGGUCUUUGCUCAGAUACUAGGAAUUCCUCAUGAUCAUAUCAGGCCCGUGUCGACAGCCCCACAAGGUACCGAUACCAUAGCUCCAGAAAUACAACUGACUUUUAAUG